AUGAAAACAAUCUGUAUCUUUAAAUUUAAAUUUCUUAGCAUUCUCUUAAAAUAGAAUUAAUACAGUAUUAUAAUAACAAUCCUUAUGCCUAAUCAUUACCAAAGAGAAUUAUCAUUGAUAGAAAUUAAAAUUAUCAAACUUGUAAUCUUUUACUGCUACAAUAAUAGCCAAUUGAAAAUAGUAAUUGUUGAUAUAUAUAAUAUUCAGUAUCAAAAAGUAUUCUAUUUUAUACUCCAUAUUACUUAUUACCAUAAUCCUCAUCAUUAUUUGUUCGAUAAAAGAUUUUGUUAUCACUAUUGCUUAAAAAAUCAGAUAAUUUAAUAUCUAUAUUCAAUAAAGAUCUUUAGGAAUAUUGUAAGAUAAUCAAUUUUGUAACUACAAUAUAGAAGUCAUUUAAACAUAAAUGUAUUGAUAUAAACCCUUUUAUUAAUCUUUUAAAUAGCUAUAUCUAGAUAAAGUGAAAUAAUUUCCAUAAUUAUUUGUGUAUCAGAAUGGGUGUGUUAAUUGAUUUUAAUUUGUUUGGAAUAUCAACCUCAAUUAAAAUAUUUACAUUUCUUGAAUUUAAAAAAAAAAAUCUACAUAGUGUAAUUAUAAAAUACUUUGUUUUUUUUCUCACAAAGAUGGAUAUUUUUGCAAAGGUCCUAGCUUUACAUAUAUUAAAUUAACAUUAUUUAUCUUAUUGCAGGUAAACAAUUAAAUUCAAUAAAAUCCAUCAAUUUGAUUGAAAUUAUACUUCGAAUAAAUAUACAGAGAUUUGACAACACUGCAAGCUAUUCAUAUAGCAAGUAUUUCAUAACUUUUCUAACCCGUUAAUAUUUAAUAAAUGAUAUUAGGAAUACUAAUAAAGUCUAUUGA